AUGCACAUCGCCGCCCCAGCCCUCAUCGCCCUGUUGGCCAUCGUCCCUGCCCAAGCCUCUAUCUUUACCAAGAAGAACGCGAGAGCUACCUUCUACUACGACACUGCCGAGACUUCGAAAGGCCACGAAGCCUGUGGUUCUACCACCGGCGACCCCGUCCCCGCCGGCUGGGCCGAUUCCUCGGGUAUCAACAAGGGCAUCCCUUACUGCGAAUACAACAGGGUCAAGACUCUCGAUGAGAUCGGUACCAACAACAUCGUCGCGAUCAACGCCGCUACUCUCUCUGGCGACCCCUCUAAGUACUGUGGCCGUGAAGUCCAAAUCACUAAAGACGACGGCUCCAAGUUCCACUAUAGCGGCGGCAAGCUCUAUAUUUGGGAUGGAUGUCAGGCUUGCCAAGAUGCCAACAGCGCCAUCAUUGACCUGUCCGCUCCUGCGUUCGUCGAGCUGAAGGGUGAGACCUGUCUUGGGAACAACCCUGAGGGUCUUACUUAUGAGGUGCUCGACAACUAUGUUGUUCACCCCUCUUCUGUUGGAUUUUAG